CCCAGAAUUUUCUUUCUUUUAUAAGUAAAUUUCUUGUGUAAGUAAAUUUCUUGUAAAAGUAAAAAUCUUAAUUAAUAAUAGAUUGAAGUAAGUAUAUCUUGAUUAAUAAUAGAGUAAAGUUCGUGUAGUUCAAAUUAGUCUCAUCAUGACUCUGCUUUGGUCAAUUCCUCUUUUAAUCUCCCCUGCCUACAUUCAGGGGUUUAAGAGCUCUAUGUUUAUGUCAACAACCAACAUGACAUAUAGCAAAUUCACAGAGUACAGAACAUGGUCUCGAACAGCAAAAGAUGAGAAAGAUUGUGGAUUUAAAUGUCUUCAUUUUGGAAACUGUAAUUCUUUUUGGUUCCAACAAACUUCAUUCAGUCCAGGCAAUGUAUUCGGAAUAUGUGAAGGAGCAAUGCUUUCCACUCUUGUAGAUACAGAGGAUGGAAUUAGAAUUUUUAUUGAUGCUGGCAGCUAUGACGAGUGGGACAUAAUUUGCAGUGGAAGUGAAAACUGCUGCCGCAGAACUGGAAGUGGCAGAGAAUUGUGUGGGUUGUGGGAGGGGGAUUGCAAGGAUGACAAUGAGUGUACCGGCACACUGACAUGUGGCAACAACAAUUGUGUAAAGCACUGGGGUGAGGGUGGACUAUGGGAUGCUGAAGAUGAUUGCUGUGAACCUCCGUGUACUCCAGACCAUCCUUGUGUUGAGGGGGAGGGACACUGUGAAGUUGAUGCAGAUUGUCAGAACCCUGGUUGGCUAAAGUGUGGAAAUGACUUCUGUGUCCACAAUACUUACUUUCCAAGUCAUCUGUUUCCUAAACAUUCGUUAACCUUCUACCAAGCAACUGAUAACUGCUGCUACAGGGUGUGCAACAAGCGCUACAGAGUUUGUGGGCAUAAUGUGGUUGGUUGUUUAAAUGAUGAAGAUUGUUCCUCUGGACUCUACUGCAGGAAAGAUGUAGCUCAGCCAUACUGUGAAGAUAUAAAUGAAUGUGAUCCAAAUAAUCCUAAGAAUCAUUUGUAUCCUGGAUUAGCAUACUGCGGGAUACACACUACCUGUACCAAUAGUAUUGGGAGCUUUAGUUGUUCCUGUCAAACUGGAUACAAUUCAUGGAUUCCUGUUGCUGGCUGCAUUGAUAUUGAUGAAUGCGCAACUGGUCCAGUUUGCGGACUGAAUACUAACUGUUGGAACACAGAAGGAAGUUUUAAAUGCUCCUGCAAGGCUGGCUUUAAAGAUCUUGUUAUUCCAAACGGUUGUGUUGAUGUUAAUGAAUGUGAUGCUGCCUACAUGGGAUACAAUUACUGUGGGACUAACACAGUAUGCACAAAUACUGUUGGAAGUGCUUCAUGUGCAUGUGCUGUUGGUUUUAAAGGAGAUCCAUAUACUGUGUGCGGGGAUGUGGAUGAAUGUGCAGAAGGCAUCUCCUGUGGAGUAUCAACAGUUAAAUGCUUUAACACUAUUGGAAGUUAUUACUGCUCUUGUAUGCAGGGUUAUGAGCGUUUUACUCCCGGCUAUGGGUGUUAUGACAUAAAUGAGUGUUUAACUUCUGUUUGUGGAACAUAUGGGUCAUGCUCUAACACUGCUGGAUCCUUCUCCUGCAAGUGUUCUGUUGGGUAUACAGGAACUCCUCCCAAUUGUGGGGAUUUAGAUGAAUGCAGUGCAGGUGUUCAUAACUGUGAUGGUGUGCUGAAUGUUUGCCUAAAUACAGUUGGAUCAUUUAAAUGUACCUGUACUGCUGCAGAAAGCUCUUACAAGUCAACUGGUAUCAGCUAUGGUUGCAAUGGCGGUGGCUCUACGCUAAACAGUUUACGUUUAAUUGAUGGACCUGAUAGUUUUACUGGGACUGUUGAGUUCAAAGAUGGAAAAGGAUGGAAGGGCAUUUGCCAUUAUGGAUUUGAUUGGGGCGAGGCAAAUGCAAUUUGCAGGCAGCUUGGAUGGGGCAGUGCUUACACCUACAUGACAAGUAGAGCAUAUUCCGGAACCUACAGAUUUGUAGAUAUGGGGUGUGUAGGUACUGAAGCUACUCUCAGUGACUGCCCAAGCAAUACACCUACCACCCAAUGUGGAGCUAACGUGGCAGCAGGGGUUCAAUGUAGAAGAUAAAUAAAACAACAGGAAAAAGUAUGUGAACCCUACCACAGCGCAGAUUUUUGUCUUAAAAUGCCUUUAAUGUUUUGUGGUAAAAAAUAGUUGGCGGUUUACAACGUUAAAAACUUAACUGUUUGCAAUAAUAAAUUAUAAUAUA